GCUAUCGGCCAGUCGCUCUUGGCGCGGCGCAGAGCCCGGUCGUGCGCGAGUGUAUCCUUUGCCGGCGUUCUUGCGGGUGACGUGCUUGUCGUGCUUGACGUGCUGCUGGUAGCGGGUGGUUGUAGUGUCGUUGAGCGGGAUGCGAGCCCCGGGGUGGUGGUCCUGGCGUCGGCGAGCACCCUCGGUGACCAGCACGGCACAGACUGCGGCAGGAACUGACGGUCGUUGUUGUGAUGCUUCGGUGCGAUGGCCGUGGCCGGCAGAGUGACAUAGUGCCCGACUGACGACUGGCGGUCUCACUGAGUGAUCGUCCCAGCGACGGGGAGUGCCCUCAUUAACAGCGAAGGCGCCGGUGCUUCGCCGAUGACAGUCAUCAUGGCCGACCACGUGUUCGGCGGACCCGAGGAGCAGAGCCGGCACAUCGACGAGAUGCACGAGCGCUGCCUCGCCCAGGGCGCCGUGGACUGGAACCGGACGGCCGUGCUGGGCGGGAUGGCGCAGGGCCUGGCCCAAGGACUCGGCGCAGCGCUGGGCUGGUGCCCCAUGGCCUGGGACGGCCUCGUGUGCUGGAACGCGACCCCGGCCGGUUCGACUGCCGCACAGCCCUGCCCAGAGUACAUCGCUGGCUUUGACACGCAGGAGAACGCGACGCGGCGCUGCCUAGCGGACGGCACAUGGUUCGUCAACCUCACCAUGAACAGGACGUGGACCAACUACACCAUGUGCCACCACGGGGUCGCCACGGUGGUGGUUAGCCUACCUGACUCCGCCAACAGCUCUUUGGUCGCGAGCGCGUUGCCCGUCGUCAAGUCCAUGUCCCAGGUGGGCUACUCGGUGUCGCUCGUCUCACUGCUGGCGGCCUCGGCAGUGCUGGCCACCAUCAAGAAGUUGCGGUGCCCGCGGAACAUGUUGCACCUUCACCUCUUCGCCUCGUUCAUCCUGCGCGCGUUCCUGCUGCUGCUCAAGUCGGGCCUGUUUGUGGACGGCAUCGGGCUGCCCUCGGACCUGCUGGAGAAGGACGGCGGCAACGUGUUCGUCGACCGCUACGAGAACUGGGUGUGCAAGCUGAUAACGAGCCUCUGGCAGUACUUCAUCAUGGCCAACUACUCGUGGAUCCUGAUGGAAGGCCUGUACCUGCACAACCUCAUAUUCCUGGCGCUCUUCUCCGACACCUCCUCCAUCAAGCUGUACGUCGCGCUGGGAUGGGGUCUGCCCUCAAUAUUCGUCCUCGCCUGGGUCAUCGUCAGGAUAUACGUGGAGAACGACCUUUGUUGGACGACCAACAACAGCCCCGUCAUAUUUCUGCUUGUCCGAGUUCCGAUCACCGUCUCCAUAGUCGUGAACUUCUUUCUAUUUCUCAAUAUCAUAAGAAUGCUGAUGAAGAAACUGCAGGCGUCCAUCUGUGACGAGACGCGCCGGCACAGGUAUAGGCGUUGGGCCAAAUCCACCCUUGUGCUGAUGCCGCUGUUUGGGGCUCACUACUUCAUCUUCCUGGGCAUGUCUUACGGCGUGCACACGGGCGUAAAGUCGCGCGAGGACGAGCUCGUCGAGGUCGUCUGGCUGUUUCUGGACCAGGCCUUCGCCUCAUUCCAGGGAUUUUUCGUGGCCGUGCUGUUCUGCUUCAUGAAUGGGGAGGUCCGCGCCGAGCUGGACAAGGCGUGGAGCAGUCGGCCGCCGCUGUGGGGGGCGCGCCGCGGCGGCUUCUGGUUCAAGUCGCGGCCCACGCGGCACCCCUCGCUCCACUCGUACGACACCUGCUCCAGCUACGGCAACCAUCAGGCGCCGUGGGCGAUACGCAAGCGCAGCGAGGGCCGCAGCACGGUCACGAGCACCACGGCCCUGCCCAGCGAGAUGUGCGCCAGCCUGUGCGCCAGCAGCAUCGUGUCGCCGCGCCCGGAGGAGGUCCCGCUCAGCGUGACCACGGUCAGCGGCCUUCCUUAAAAAGUUUCGUUUUAACUUCUCUCCCUUAUUAUAGGUGAAUGAGGGCGCCGUGUCGUGCUCCCGCCUCUGAGGCCGGCCCCUGCCGCCCCCCGCGCCGCCGCCGCCGCCCCCUGCGGAGCCGCCCCCUGCCGAGACGGCGGCGGUGGCAGCCGCCCCCCCGGGCCGCCUCGGGCUGCAUGGCGAGGCGAGGGCCUAGGAGCCGUCUGGGUCAGCGCCACCCCCGCCGCUACCGCCUGGGCUAUCGUAGCCUCCCGCGGAGGCGCUCCUACAAAGUACUUUAAGCCCCCCCCCUCCUCCUCUCUUCUCCGACCACAUCCAGAAGUAGAAGUGACAGACAAAGUGGUGAAACCAAGAUAUACUGAUACUUGAGUGCAGCAAGUGUGACUAUGCGUUUGGGGUGGCGCCCCCCCCCCCCCUCACCGACCUGCCACGGUUGUCGAACUCCUUAAAUGUCUUGGACUCCGUCGUUUCUGUGGAGCAAAGGUGCGCUAGAAACCAGCCAUGCCUUAAUAAGUUUAAGUUUACGCCUUUUGUCUGCAGACAAAAGUGGCUCUGAAGUUGUCGUCUCACUAAACUUCACUACACUUUGGCCACGUUUGCGGGCCCUCAGCAAUUCAACCAGUACAAAAAUGUGUGUCCUGUUGUUUCGUAUUCCUUUGAAAUGUGAUGGUCGAUAAAUGUUUGUAGAGUAAGAAGUCCGGGAGAGAAACUUUUAUAUUUUUAAAGAAUAUUGGAGUGACAGGGUUUUGAUGUAAGCCAAUAUUUUAUUUUUAUCUCAUGCACCCACACUCGAAGAGUUAAUAGCAUCCUGUAUCACAUGCUACUGAUGUGACAAAAUUGUGUGGUACAUGAGUUUUGAUGACUUCCCUAGUGCUGUUCUGGUAACAUAUCCGUUUUCUUUCCUAUUUGUAUAGAGCACUGUGUGCUGCUUGUUUUGUCUACUUAUGGGUCAAUAUUGCUCUAUUGCUCAUCAGAUGUAAAAAGAAAUUAAAAGUGUAUUAUUCUUGUAAUGUAAAAUGUAAAUGAAAUUUUACAAUUGAAUUGUA